ACUACAAGUCCCGUCAGGAGUACUGCGGGAAUACCUAUUUUUGAAGGGAAGGGGGAGAUUAUUUUUGAAUAAACUGAUAAACAGCGCGGGCAGAAGAAUAGAUGACGUUAUCUUCACAAAUCUGGACGGAUAAGGUCGGAGGUAAAGGCUACGGUACCACCGGGACCCCCACCUCUCUCUCCGGCUGCUCCUUUAAAGCCGAGCGGAGUGCUGAUCAGAGCUGACGGGGAACAGUUUGGAGCUGGAGCGGAUAGGAGAAGUUGCACCGCCCCGGUUCAGGCAGCAGGGCUGGAGCAGAUAAAAGCUCAGAUAGUGAUUGAAAGUGAUGGUAAAAGGAUUUAGCCCAGGCAUUAACCGAGGGAGAGAGAGGGAGAGAGAGAGAGAGGAGGGAGGGAGAUAUUUUCCAUAAAGCCUUUUUUUUUCCUCCUCUCUUUCUUUCUGCCCUUGAGCAUCCCGGGUAAACCCGAGCUUUGUAAAAGUGGGAAAAGGAAGUGGAGAGGAGGGGAAGAAGGGCGGGCACAAGCCUUUUUUUCACAAACUCAAUAUUUUAUACUUUUGAUACUCCUUGACGCUGGAUUUCAGUCCUGUUUUCGCAGCCGUUUCCAGAUCUAGGACACCGAUCUACCGUGCGCAGCCAUCUACGCUGUGAUCAAAAAGUAUCCGUCGGACGGCAAAAAAAGGGAAAAAAAGAAAUAAAACAGAAAAAGAAACCAAACAAACAGCGAGCCGGCUGAUAACGGGAGUACAGUGAGGACCGCGGCGGGGGACGAGUACACUGGAUGGUAAAGGGGAUUUUUUUUUUUUUUGGCCAAACAGGGGGGGUGGACGUGCAAGCACUCCGAGCAAAGUGCUGACCUGCCCGACAGAUGCAUGUCAGAAGACAAUCGGAAGAGCUCAACUAAUCUGAAAUGUCCAAUGGAUACAUCUGGAGACGCAUCAACUUCUCCUCCAUCCUCUCCAACUAGCCCCGCCGUUUCCCUGAAGGACACCGCUCUGUGAGACAUGGAUCCGCGCAAACAUCUCCCACCCAACUCCCUGCAACACUAUGGUUAGAGUGCUUGCCGAGACUCCUCUCCGUAACAUUAUCCACCCCCACGCCCACUGUCCAUCUUCCUCAGGAAAUCAGCCAUCAAAACAGUGAAGUGUCCUGCUUUCCUUUCCUCUUUGGGGCUGCCAAUAACUGACGAGAAACGCUGAGAGAAAGCUGCCGAUUCAGUGUUUCGUUUUGGGGAAUUAAUAAACCUGGAGGCAGGUGAUGUCAAUUUACCCUGACCUCUCCAUUCCAAACACAGCAGUAUGGUGGUAGGGAUGUGCACUCGUUCCCUAUGAUUAUCGCUCCAUGCUCGUAACCUGUCCUCUGAGCUCCGUGGCCCCCUCACCCUGUGCCGGACCCCUCUCCAAAUACCCCCCCAGCCUGCCAUGCUCCUUCAGGCUGUGUUGCUGCUGCUGCUGCGCUGCUUGGCCUCCACUCUGGGCCAGUACGAACUGUGCAAAUCCCUGGUGAGCACGGACGAGGGCUCGGUGUGGGAGCAUUACGCCUGCCAGCCAAAACCUAGGUCCAUGAAAGACUUUAUGCGGAUCAAGGUGGAUCCGCCUGGGAUCACAUGUGGAAGGCCACCGGAGAGGUUCUGCACUCUGGAGAACCCAUACCUAUGUAGUGACGAGUGCGAUGCCUUAAAUCCAGACCUUGCCCACCCUCCUCAGCUGAUGCAGGACAAUGAGCGCAAUGGCCUAAUUACCUACUGGCAGACAGUAACAUGGCGAAACCACCCACUGCCCCUGCUGGCCAACGUCACCAUGUCCUGGAACAAGAGUCUGGAGCUCACAGACGAUAUCCAGAUCUCCUUUGAAUAUGGCCGCCCUACGAUCAUGGCUCUGGAUAAGUCCAUGGACCACGGACGCUCCUGGCAGCCCUACCAGUUCUAUGCUGACGACUGUCUGGAUGCAUUCAACAUGCCACCCAAACAAGUGCGCGAUCUCUCACCUGCUAACAUCACACGGGUCAUCUGCACUGAGCAGUACUCGCGCUGGGUUGGCUCCAAGGGUGAAAAGAAUGUGAAGUUUGAGGUGCGGGCACGAUUUGCUGUGUUUGCUGGACCUCGGCUACAGAACAUGGACAACCUGUACGCCCGAAUGGAAAGUAUGAAGGGACUGAAGGACUUCUUCACCUUCACCAACCUUAGGUUGAGGCUGCUCAGGCCUGCCCUCGGAGGUACCUAUGUCCAGAGAGACAACCUACUCAAGUACUUCUACGCCAUCUCCAACAUCGAGGUACCUGCCAGGUGUAAGUGUAACCUCCACGCCUCCCAGUGCCUGCCAGAUGAGGAUGGCGGGAACCUCCAGUGCCAGUGUGAACACAACACCACAGGCCAGGACUGCCAGCGCUGCAAGAAGGGCUUCAAAGCCAAGUCCUGGAAAGCAGGUUCCUACCUGCCGGCACCCAACGGAACCCCCAACACGUGUACAAUUGCUGGUUCCCCCUCUGGUUCUACCACAACAGGAACUUCAUCUAGGACGUUUACCGCUCCCAAAGCUGAUGACGGGACAGAGGUGAAAGCUGGAGUUGAAACUAAGGGUGAAACUGAAGGUGAGGGCGGGCCCGAGGGCGACGUGGAAACAACCACAACCAUCUCUGAAGCUGAACGGUCUCCCGCUGUUACCCACAAACCACUUCAGGAAGAAACCCACAAGUCAGAGGAACAGCUGCAUGAGACUCAUGGCCACAAAGCUACAUCUUUGUUUGAGCAUGGGAAGAAAACGGAGGAGCAUUCAGGAGGAGAAACGGAAAGAAAAGUCUCCCAUGAGUCUGAAAAACAUUCACAUGAGAUUCGUGGCCACAAAACUACUUCCUUGUCUGAACACGGAGCAGGAAGGGAGGAGGAAGAUGAGGAAGAAGAAAGAAAAUCCAAAGAGACAGUCUCUCACAAGUCUGAGGAGCUCGUACAGGAAACUCACAGACACGCAUCCACAACCCAAUCUCAGCACGGGGAAGAGAAGCAUGCAGAAAGCAAAGUUUCCCACGCAUUUGAGGAACACGACGCUCACGGCCACAAAACAACAGCCUCAUCUGAGCACGGUGAAAAUUCACAUGAAGUGGUGCAUCGAGAACGAGGAGAAGAACGGAAAGUUUCCCACAUGUUUGACGGGCACACACGUGAGACUCACGGCCACAAAACAACAACCUCACCUGAGCAUGGCGACGGGCAUGAAGAAAGAAAAGCUGAAGGGAAAGCUCCCCACAAUUUUGUGGAACACGUACACGAGAUUCACAGCCGCAAACCAACAACCUCAUCUGAGCAUGGGGUGGAAAGAAAGGAGGAGGAGAGUGAAAGUAAAGGAGAACACACACACGAGACUCAUGGCCACAGAACAACCUCGCAUGUGCACGGAUGGAGACACGAGGAGAAUAAUGAAAUACAUCCUGAAACAACAGACCCCCACACAUUGGAGGGGCAUGUACAUGGGGCCCACGGUCACACAACAACAACCUCACCUGAGCACAGACAGCAGGAGCAUAUGGAAAGAAAACCUGAAGGCCAACACAAGUCUGAGGAACACAUACAUGAGGCCCAGAGCCACAAUAUACCACCUGAGCACAGAACAGCUGAAAUUACAGCCUCCCACAACCCUGAUGGAUAUGUGCAUGGUGGACAUGCAGAAGAAGCUCAUGGCCAUAGAGCAUCUGAGCAUGGACAUCACAAGCCUGAGGGACAUGUGCAUGGUGGACAUGUAGAAGAAGCUCAUGGCCAUAGAGCAUCUGAACAUGGAGACCACAAGCCUGAGGGACAUGUGCAUGGUGGACAUGUAGAAGAAGCUCACAGCCAUAGAGCAUCUGAACAUGGAGACCACAAGCCUGAGGGACAUGUGCAUGGUGGACAUGUAGAAGAAGCUCAUGGCCAUAGAGCAUCUGAACAUGGAGACCACAAGCCUGAGGGACAUGUGCAUGGUGGACAUGCAGAAGAAGCACAUGGACAAAGAUCUGCAUCUGAACAUGGACAUCACAAGCCUGAGGGCCAUGUGCGUGGGGGACAUUUAGUAGAAGCUAUUGGCCACAAACCAACAACUCAACAUGGACAUCAUAACCAUGAUGGACAUGAGCUUGGGGGACAUGUAGAAGAAGCUCAUGGCCAUAGAGCAUCUGAACAUGGACACAACAAGCCUGAGGGACAUGUGCAUGAAACUCAUGGCCACAGAAUAACAAUCUCAUCUGAACAUAGACAUGGAAGGGAGGAAAGGGGACAUACAGAAAGAAAAGACUCACACAACUCUGGGGGACACAUGUAUGGCCACAAAGCUUCAUCUGAGCAUGGAGAGGUGGAACAUACAGACAGACAAGACCACCACGGGUCUCAUGGACAUGUGCAUGAGGCCCAUGUCCACAUAACAACACAUGGACAUGGAAGGGAGGAAGAGAGGCAUACAGAAAGAAGAGUCUCGCACAGCUCUGAGGGACACACACAUGGCCACAGAACCUCAUCUGAGCAUGGCGAGGAGCAUACACCCAGGCAAGACCACCACAAGUCUGCCGGACAUGUUCAUGAGAGUCAUGGGCACAUGACAUUAACAACCUCGGGCAUGGGGGAAGAAAGUCAUAGAGAAGGAAAAGCGCACCAUGGCAUUGAAAAAGCAGAAUGGGAAGUAGUCGGUCGUGAGGAGGAUGAAGACAGAGAAGAGGAGAAGCAAAAAGGGAAAAGGCGAGGGCUGCUGAAACUUUUGAUCUCAGGAGAGCCCCAGGCCAAACAGUUGUUUGGGAUCAUAUACGAUGAUUUCAAAGACUGCGAGUGCUACGGCCACUCCAAUCGCUGCAGCUACAUCGACUACCUGAACAUCGUCACAUGCGUCAGCUGCAAGCACAACACCAGGGGCCAGAACUGCCAACACUGCAGACUGGGAUUCUACCGCAACGCCUCUGCCGAACUGGAUGAUGAGAGCGUCUGCAUCGAGUGCAACUGCAACCAGAUGGGCUCUGUUCAUGACCGGUGUAACGGCACAGGUUUCUGUCAGUGUAAAGACGGGGCCACGGGGGCCAAAUGUGACGACUGUCUGCCAGGAUACUACUGGAAGCAAGGCUGUUACCCUAACGUUUGUGACGAGGAAAUGCUCCUGUGCCAGAACGGAGGAACGUGCUACCAGAACCUGAAGUGCAUCUGUCCUCCAGAGUUCAAGGGGGUACUGUGCCAACAUUCGCGCUGUGAGGCGGGCAAGGACUGCAGCGGCGCUUCUUUGCCGCACCCUUCCACGGCCACCCUGCUGCUCGGCACUCUGCUAACCUACCUGCUGGCCACAUUAACGCCCCAUUGAGCCACGAAAAUCCUCCCCACCCCCCAACUCCGCCCACCCCCCUGCCUCACACCUAAAACAUGUGUAUAUGAGCGUAUUUGUGAGGCGACGGGUGACCCAAAAUGGGAAGGGGUCGUCCCUGUAAUGGACCCAACACUGCAGCACUCUUAAAAGCGCACACGCUCACCGAUCACUACUCGACUCCCGUUCCCAUUUCAAACACACAUGCGCACUUCACAGGACUGUAAUGGCACUGGGUGUACACUCAGGUGUGCGAAGGACAAACAGAGAAUAAAUAUGAGCAACCUCACAGAAAAAAGAUGCAGGGGGGGAAGAAAAAUCAUACCAACCACUGUUCCCUUUAUUCCUAAGCUGGAGCAAUGUGCAUCAAACCAAAAAGCAUAGACAAAAACUUAAUCACCACUGUUUCACAUCAAAGGGAAUGGCUGUUGUAAUCACAAGACUUUUCUUUUCUUUUUUUAAAUUUCUUCUCUUUCUCGGUU